UGACGUCACAUAAGGGAAUGGCGACUGCACAAAACAUCCCAGCCGAGGCGGCCGCGCUCGCGAGCAAACCGCACGAGACGCAGAGAAAAGGCCUGCCACAGAUCUCGCGAGAGCUCGGGAAGACCCUCUCUAUACAACCCACUCCUGUCUCCCUCCCCGCUGCCCUGUUCGUUUUACAAAUGGGGGGGGGGGGAGAGAAUCGUUAAACCAAGAAGACUACAUGUCCCAAUGUGCAAUACGCCCGAGCGCUGCGUUUGUGUUUGUUACGAGUACAGCGUGUGUUUUCGUUUUAAAGAUUCAGUAAUGCUCAGUUAAGCACUGAACAAUUAAUCAAUGACACUAAUGCCAUAACUGGAAUUCUAAUAAAGAGGAGAUGGUAAUUUAGAUUGCAAAAAGCUAUGAAUAACAAUGACUGAUGCACAGUUAUUUUCUUCCUGUUCCAAGGAAAACUGUAAAAAAACAGAAGAUAUAAAUGAAAAUAUUUCAAUAGCCAUUCCCAACAAACAACGUAGUUGUGCUGCUGUAAAUACUCCAGCUGCGUGUGUUAAUAAAGCCAUUAAUCAAAUACAAGAUUUAGAAGUGAAAUUGGAAGAAUCUUUUCUGCAGCAUGAAAUUUUAUAUAACUUGGGAAAACUUCCAUGGGAUUUGGAUGCUAAAACUGUCAAAGAAACUGAAGAGAUCUGUUUAUCAUUCUCUACUGAAGUGAAGGCUAAACAGUCAUUGCGCUGGAAAGAUAUUCAGUCUUUAAAGCAGAAAACUUCUGCUGUUGUAGCAGAAGUCAUCGAGUUAAUUUCACGAUUAGAAAAUGAGCGUAAAGAUGCUGAAGAAGCCUUAGAGUUUGAGAAGCAACAUAGAAAAAAACUAUACCUAAAUUCAGAUAAACUGUCAUUUUGGAGAUUACAACAGCUUCCCAAAGCUGUUCAAGAAGAAUGGGAGAAAUGUUUGCAAGAUAUAAUAGAAUUACAGUGGCAUUUUGAAGAAAAAAAUGAGCAAUUACAGGAUGCCCUAAACCAACUGACAAAAAUAGAGGGAGCCAAUUCAGUGAUCGUGAAGCAGAUAAACUUUAUGAAGAAAUACAGCCCUCUGCUGGAAGAAAAGCUAUGUCAUGAAGAUGAUUCAAUGAAAGAAGUAAAAAUAUUAUUUGAGGAGGCAAAAGCUCAGUAUGAUACUGUUCAUCAGAAAUAUUUGGAAGUGCAAAAGUUGCAUGAAGAAACAAAAGAAGAAUGUGAAAUAAAAAGACUAUAUAUGCGUGAACAAAUAGAAGCUGAUGAGACUACAUUAAACCAACUUAGGGAUGAGUUAAAAGAAACUGACAUGCUUUAUACUGACAUCAAUAACAAGAUACAUAGAUUGAGGGAGGAAAUACUGGAAAAUGAAAAUCGCCUUGAAGAACUAAUCAAGCAAGAAGCAGAUAUAGAAGCUGACUUAAAUUCUUGGCGUGAUAAAGAAAGGCGUUUGAAGUUGAAAAUUUCAAGACAAGAAAGUGAAAACAGACAAUUGCUAGAUGAGUUCCUCAAAAAUGUCAAGACUGUGGAAAGCUCAAAAUCCAAUAAAGAAUCUGAUCUACAAAAACUGAAGGAUAAGCUUGCACAUGAUCUUCAGCAGUUCACUAAUUUGCAAGAUGAAAUCCAAUAUCUUAAAAAUGAAAAUGCCGGAUUUAUGUACAAAUUCAGAGACAGUGCAAAAAGGAAAAUGGGCUACCAAUCAGAAAUUCAGGUUUUGCAGAAAAAUAUUCGUAGGCUGGAAGAACAUUUAAAAAAAGUAAAUAAAGACCUUUAUGCUGCUGAAUUGGCUUAUGACGACGCCAAAACAAAACUGGAUGAACUGAACGAAGGCAUUGGUAAAGAAAAAUCACGUUUCAAGAAUUUGGAAGAGAAUAUUAAAAAACAAAUUAGAGAUGAAAUAAGUGCUUGGAAGCUGACUCAGAAAAGACUUAAAGCACUACAAGCAGAGUUAGAAAGAAAGAAAAAGGAGCAUGAGAAAUUAGUGGAAAAGAUGAAGAGUAAAUUAAAAAAAUAUGAGCUGCUUUCAGCUGAACAAGCAGAAAUACUAGAAAAAAAUAAAGAUGUGCACAAAGAACUUAUGGAGAAAAUAGCUGAAUUAAAUCAGAAGAUCAAAGAACUUGAUGAUGAUGAGGAAACUGUGAACAAUGAAUUAGAAAAUAAAAAGAAAUGUGCUCAGAACCUAUUAGAUGAUAAAAAGGAGAAAUAUUUAGGCAUUUCAAGCCAAUUUACUAAAGUCAAUGAGGAAAUUGCACAUUUACAAAAAGAAAUUGCAAAAUUAAGUGCUUUAAGGAAAGGACAGGAAAGCCAGAUAGACAGUGUAGAAAAAUCUGUAGUCAUGUUGAGAGAAAAAUAUACCAAAAUAAAGUCCAAGGAAGAAAAUACUCAGAGAUUAGUUGAUUUUCUCUAUGCCCGGCUGGAUGCUGUUAGAAAAAAAAUAAAGACAGGCAACAUAAUAUUUGAUGAGCUGCUGUGGAAAAGACAAAAUGAUUUGAAAAUUAAGAAGGUUUAGCUCUGAUUUUCAUGUAUCCUGUUCAGGUAAGCCCAUAAGGGAAAUGGGUUUGAGUGCUUUCUAAAUGGAAUAGUCGAAGAAUUUUGAGAAAAAGCAAAUUCAUUCUGAUGACUGCUAAAGAAAUUUGAGGAGGAUAGAUGGAAUGGUAGGGUUGAUAAUAGGGAAUUUAUUUCAAAGCAUGAUGAUAUCAAAUCACAAAGAAGUACUUCUAUUUAAAGAGUAAGGAUUUAUUGAUAUCAUUUCUGGCCUAAAAAAAGUCUAUAAAUCAAACAUGCUGUUUCUACCUGUGACUAACCAAAUGGCCCAAAAAGCCACAAAGUGGGAAAAUGAUUGCCUUCCCCAUCCUCAGUAUUUUUGCACAUGCUGGGUACAUAAAAGUUCUGUUUUGUUGCUAAUUAUUGUUAGUUCUAUAUUCCUUGUAUUUACCUAUUUUUUUGGCCUUUAAAACAAAAAAAAUUAUACUGUUAAUAUGUGAGUUACUUUUAAGAGAAAUGUAUUUCAACUUACCGCUAACUGUCAUUAUCUGUACAUUAUAUUGUAGCAUUACUGCAACAUCCUUUGUUGUCAGAAGAGUGUCUCAGAUAGUUGAGUAAGAUACACUCCAAAAAUAAUUAUGUGUACAGUUGCAAUAUCAAAGUACAAUGCUGAAAUGAUCAAUAUAGAGUGGAAUCCAUCAAAUAUUGUGGAACCUCUGACCAAAUAUGCAUAGUUUGGCAAUUUUUAUAUGCCAAAUCUGCUACUACCAGUUUUAUGAAAUGUGUCCUAUACUAUAAUUUAAUAAAUAAAUAAACACCAACUUUUCCAUUUUUUCUUAAAUCCACUAUUUCCUACUCUGCCAGUGGCUCUCUGAGAUCUCUGGGUGAAAUUCUCUUGUAAUUAUCUGCAAUCAGCUCCUUUUUAAACCUGAAGGUGGAAGUUGAAAACAUCCAUGUGUUUGAUUAUUCAGCUUCAUAAAAGUACAAGUUAAAAAGUUGUAUAGACUUGCCCCCUACCUAUUAGAAAUAAGAAUACACUAUAACAGCUAUAUACUGUAGAAGAUGGGUAAAAGAAGAUACACAAUAAAGCCUGCAAUAAUUUAAUAUAAGUAUUUUUAUACAUUGCUGUUUAUUUUUAUUCUUCUGUUAUGGUAUAAUUUGCAAUUACAUUACUUCCUUUUGUGUAUUAAUGACCAAGGUUUGUAGAAUAAAAUGCAUUGUUAAAUGUGACAUAAAUUGAAAAAUGAUUAGAAGUAUCUGGAAGAGAAAUAAAAUAACUGAUACUUGUUCGUGUGAUUUUUGGCAUGAAAUUAUAAUUACAAUCCAUAUUCUCUAGUUUCUAUGGUUUGGAGGAUUUUUAGCCAUCCAAAUUCUUCUAUUAUCAAAAAUCAGUUAAGUGCAUGAUUUACUCAAGCUUAUCUCACUAACUUAAAUUUCUCUGCAAAACCCAUCCCUUAAGAAGAGUGGAUUGUUAAAUUAGCUGAAAUUGCACUUUUAAGAAACUGAACCAGGUGUGAUUUGAAUGCACAUUUUACUUAAUGACUUGCUUGGCAAAGGAUUCAACUUUAAUAACAAAAGGUGAUGAUUGCAAGAAAACUCUAGUUAUUUUUUUUUUUUUUGUUCUCGAUGAUAACUUGAUACCUGCAGCUUUGCUAUAGAUAGCCCGUAAAGUAUAUCUAUAAGAGGCAAGGAAGCUACUUAUUUAUCCUUUCCCACAUGCAUUCUUCAUCAUCAACAUAAUGAAUUUUUUUUUAACCUGGCUGCCUUCAUCAAUACAGCCAUUUAUCCUUUGUGAUUUUGUCUUUGACUAACCAAGUCAACUCAUUAUACAAAUAGUCCUGAAUUAACAAUUGUCCUGUUUAUUGAUUGUUCAAAGUUAUGACAAUGCUAAAAAAAAUAACUUUAUGACCUGUCCUCAAACUUAUGACUUUCACGGCAUCUCAUAGUUAUGUGAUUGCCAUUUGCAACAGUCACAGCCAGCUUUCAAGAAGCAAGGUCAUUGUGGAGAUUGACAGGAAGUUGCAAGUUACAGUCAUGUGAAGCCAUGCUUAAUGACUGUGGGGGAUUUGCUUCCUUACUGGAGCUGGAACUGAUGUCAUAAAUCAGCAGUCACAUGGCAUUACGCUUGACCCCACUGCACAGCAACAGAGUUGCUGGUCUCUAUUCCAGUUGGUAAAUGAGGACUAACUGUAUUAUGUUUUUCUAGCAGAUUGAUUCCUCAACAUUUAAGUAUUUGCUGGAAAACUAUUCUUCCAUCAUUUUGUCCAAGUUUAUAGCAAAUUAGAUGAGUUGUUUGUUUCAUUGUUUUAUUUAAUAUAUUCAGAUUUUCCAGUCAACAUUUCUUAGCUUAAAUACGCAAGUUUCUAGAAAACAUAGUUUUCCAUAACAUAGUAAAACUUGCCUUAUUAUUUACAAUUUUAAUCAGUUUUAAGCUAUUGGCAUUCAUUUAUUGUCCACAGAGUGCCCACAACUUGCAUAAUUGUAACUUAUUAUAAACAAGUAACAUGACCAUCAUCAUUGUUUAUCCAAAGGAAUGCUAUUGUCAUGAAAAGAUGAAAGAUUAUAUAUAUACUAAUUAUAUAUAUACUGAAAACUAUUAUAUGACAAUUCUUGUAAGGAAGAAAUAUUGUUGAUUUGUCAACUACUAAGUCAACCAGUUUUGUGAAGUUGUUGCAUUAUUGCAUUAUUACUAACUUUAAGCAGGGCUUCAAUAAAUGAAUAUACAUGGACUUUUUGCUGCUUAUUAACAGUAGUGAGUUUUUACUUGAAAAAUCUUUUGUUUAUUCUGUUGUAUAAAAAAUAAACAAACUCCCCUGAA